CCCAACAGUUCUAAAGAAGAGAAAUAAAAAGAGGGAGAAAUCCCUACAAUCCUAGAGAGAGAGAGAGAGUAUCAAUCCCAACAAUCCCAGAGAGUAAGAAAGAUAUAAAAAGAGAUCCCAACAAUUCUUUCCCAAGAAAGAGAAGAAGAGAGAUAGAAAUAAAGAGAUCCCAAGAAUCUCAAAGAGAUGGAAUCAACGUCGAAGACAGCGUCCCUCGAUCCACCCCUCCAUUCGCUAGGCUUUGAGAUCGAUGAAUUAUCACCGACAAGGGUCACCGGACGGCUGAAGGUGACCGCGAUAUGCUGCCAGCCUUUUAAGGUAUUACAUGGAGGCGUAUCAGCCCUCAUCUCAGAGGCCCUAGCAAGCAUGGGGGCCCACAUGGCAUCUGGGUUCAAGAGGGUUGCUGGAGUACAGCUCAGUAUCAAUCACCUCCAAUCCUCUAAGCUUGGAGAUGAUAUUGUGGCAGAAGCACAUCCAAUCAAAGUUGGCAGGACCAUGCAGGUUAGCAUUUCAUUUGACUUUUACUAAUUCUAAGUUUUUUUU